UCGGCAAACGACCACGUGUCCCUAACCGGCGACCAGCCACCAGCCAGCGCCCAGCCGCCCGUCUCUGGUCUUUCCCCUCCAAAAUCAAAACAACGUCUACAGUAACCGGUGACUACACUGGCACUUCAUCAAUCGGGUUGCCGGUCAUUAGUCGGAGGGUGGCCGCCCUUCACCCUUAGCUGAAUCCAUCAUCGGGUGAAAAGUUGUCAGUUUAGUUGGGAAGAGCCCGUAUCGCGAUAGGAGAUAGUCCGUUUAGUAAUUGUAGAGGGAAAACCGCGUUUAUCGCCCAUCCCAGGCCGAGAAUUGCUGAGUCCGCGCUGAAUCGUCGCUUCCUUUUUGCUAAUCGAAUCCGUCCCGUCGGUGUUUUAUUAAUAAACGAGGUUAACGCGCAAACCGAUCCCUGGUGCCAUGGAAUUCGCAAGCCCGCCGAAAAGGGUCGUUCUGGGCGAUCUUAGCACAAACGGAAAUUCACCCAUUUCGCCGAUGGCCAAUUUGAAACUCUUGACCAAAGUGGCCACAGGGCAUUUCAACGAAGAAGACCCGUCCAAACUGCCAGACAACCCUACUAACAGUAAUAAUAAUAAUAAUAAUUGUGAUGAACAAAAGGUAGAAUUUUUUAAAACCUCGAGGCGAUUCAGGUCUCUCAGCUAUAUGUGCAAAAAGUUUCUUUCAACAUAUAAACUAGAACAACCCACUGGCCAUUUUCAACAGAUAUCAUUAGGCUCUUUGGCGACUGAACUGGGAAUUGAGAAAAGACGGGUCUAUGACAUAAUUAAUGUGGUCUCGAGCCUUCUGAUGGCAGUUAAGGUUUGCAAAGAUAAAUACUACUGGUACGGCAAUCAGAAACUUCCAGGAUUACUUUCACAGCUGAAAGCUUUUGCGUUAUUGAACAAAUUCGAUGAACAGGUCAGAGAUUUUAUCAAGAAUCACCAACAGCAGUCGAUAGUUGCAUUUUCAGAAAAAGAACCUGUAGUGAAUGGUGCACUCAAAAUAACAACAGGAAAUCAAACCGUGUUCGAAGAGAACCGAAUAGGGGUUUUAUGUCAAAAGUUCAUAAUGCUUUUCCUAGUUAAUGAAGAGAAUUGGCCUCUCAACUUAAAUGUAAUUUCAAAGCUGGUUCUUACGAAGGAUAUACAAGAUAAAACUGGUAUGAGAAGGUUGUAUGAUGUGGCAAAUGUUCUAGAAGCCCUUGGUAUUGUUAAAAAAUGCAGUAAUCAUGAAUUCAAGAAACCAGCGUUUAUGUAUUGCGGUCCGAGAAUAGAAGCAACUGAUCAUUUCGAACCUGAUAAAGUUUUUAAUGAAUAUUCAAUACAUAACUGGGAUUCAUUUGGUGAUACAAAUUCAGAAUCAAGUUCUGAUGGAGUUGGUUUGAGCAAAUUCCCGACUGUGAAAGAAUCUUCUGAUGCCAAAAGUGGUUUCGAUUGUCUGGGCCCGCCAGCUAAAAAGCGACUUCUUUUCCCUCUCCAAGAAGAAAGACCAGAAGAGGAAAAAAUUACCGUAACUCCUUUAAUCGAAAGUAUGACGAGGUCUCAAAAAGUUCAGAGACCUUGUGUCACAUUCAUCAAAGCACCCGCCUCCUCAUUCAGAUUUUCUUCGAAUCGUAUCACUACAUCCGUGUCAGAUGUAAACAAAAAUAGUAGGCCGUUGCCUAAAAAAGAGAUCAGCCCUAGCAAAACGGUCGUACUGAACAGGCUAGACCAUCUGAGACUUGUGAAACGUGUUACAAUAUCAAACAUACAGAAUGGCGCUAUAUAUAAAGCUGUAGUUUCAAAUGGAAAUAUGGUGCAAUUUGUUAAGUUACAGUAGUCUCAUUCACACAUUUUCCUCUUUUUUUGUUCUUUUUUUUUUAAAUUUCAUAUGUGGGUUUUUUUGGGUUGAUACACUUUUCGUUUUUAUUUUUUAUUAUUUUAUUUUUUAAGUUUGGGCAAUGGUUGUAAAAUUAUAGUCAUUGAAGAAAACUUGCAAUAUUGUGAACUGAUAGUCUUUUUAAUAUAGCAGAGAAGAUAAAUAUUAUUUAAAUUUUGAAGUAUAUAUAUGUGUGUGUAUAUAUAUACACACAUAAAGACAUGAUUUAUAUCUCUAUUGAAAAUUGAUAUAUUUUAGUUUCAGCUAUCUAUUGUAAUAAUUAUCUAGUCGUUGUUAGAAAAUUUGGAGAGAGAAAAAAAUAUUUUUACGAGAUAAAAUUAUUUUAUUUGAUGUUAUUUAUAUUUUUUCCAGAUGAAGCCAUGAAUUUUUAUUUUAAAUCUUUUUUUUUUAAAUAUAUUGCCACCUGUCAAAUGUUAAUUAGGUGAAAAAUUGUUUAUAAAUUAAGAUAUCAAUUGAGCAAGAUUAUUAAGCAAGAUAUGUUGAUUUGUUUUAUGUUACAAUCAGAUUGUCUAUUUAAAAAAUGUUAUUUCAUUUUCAAAAACCUCAGAAAAAAAUUGAUAGUCUAUAUUAUUUCAACUUGACGCUUCCCAUAAGUGUUGAGACAUUGUAAUUAUUUAAACAAACAAAAGUUUUACUUAUCAAUUAGUUGGUUAAUGGUAAUUAAAUAAAAGGAGGAAACAUUUUAAUUAUUUAAA